AUGGAGGCUCGAGCGAAGGUGAAGGUGCGGGGCACGGCUGGGUGCGAGUUGCUGCGGCACUUUGAGUCGGUGGACCCUCGAGCGGCGGAAGGGCUGCGUCGGGAGAAGCCGAGCGAUGUGCCUCCCGACCUGGACGUGCUGCUGGAAGAGGAGACGCGCCGCUCCAUCACGGACGCGUACCAGCGGCUGCUGUUCGAGGUCAAGGUGCUGCACCGCAAGGGCAACUUCAAGAGCUCGCAGGGAGACGUCAUCGUGCAGCGCGUGCGAGACAUUGCAAGCGGUGGGAAGACGGUGCUCGACCUCUCCGGGUUCCUCAUCUUCGACGAGUUCGUGGAGCUCUUGGUGCCGUACCUGCGCUCCAAGACGUGCAGGUUGGUGGCGCUUAACCUGUCGCGCACGUCGCUGGGCGUUCAAGCAGCUAUCGACAUUGCAAAGGCGACGAAUAGCACGCUGCAAACGCUGCAGUUCUCGGACUCCCCCAUCCCAGUUGAGAGCAUUCGAGCUCAGGCUGCAGAUAAAGGGAGCGUGGAUCUCUCCGGACAUGGCUUUAAUCACCUGGACGCCGCAGCGAUCGGCGUUCUCAUUGAGCGAGAGCACAAGAAAAUCCACAAAGUGGAUUUGUCGGGGAAUUCACUGACCGGGCCGAAAGCGAAUGUUUUCCAUGGCACCACGACCAUAUUUGAGUAUCUGAAGAGCUGUCGGCAGCUUACGGAGCUCAAUUUUGGCGCUGCAAACCUGCGAUCGGACGGGUUAGUGGCGUUUGCCAACGUAAUUCAUGACUUUCCGCUGCUGGAAAAGCUCGAUCUCAGUCGGAACCGAUUGGUGCACAACAGCACGGACGAAAAGCGUCUCUCUGGAUUGGAAUCACUGUGUAACGCGCUGUGGCGAGUAAAAACACUCCGUGAACUCAGUCUGACAGAGUGUCAGAUCAGCUGCGAAGGUAUGAGCGAGAUUGCAACGGUGCUGAGGAAAUUCAACAGCACCCUUCGAACGCUCAAUAUCACCGAUAACCCAGACAUUCGAUCGCUUGGAUACCGAAGUCUCGUGAAAAGUUUGGCGCUGAACCACAAAAUCACGGAAGUUAUCUUAAACCCAGCCUCGAAGUAUGAAAAAUACGUGAACAGGGCCAAGGAGCUCCUAGCGGUUAAUGCACUACUCAACGCGGUGCAGAAGGACGCUAAGCGGUUUGCCGGUUUCCCAGCGCUCACCGAGCCACAGCGAACAAACUUUGUGAACAAGCUCGAGAGGUUUAGCGAGAGCGAGCUUCGCCAACUUCAUGAAGAAAGUAUCGUGGAAAACGCUACAAAAUUCUCCGACGAAAAGGAAGCGACUGGGUUGUCAACUUUGCGCCACUACGCGGUGAUGGAGCAAUACGCUCCGCUAAAGCGACUGCUGUGGGCAGUCGCCACAAAGACCUUGUUGAGCGCUCGAACAACAAGAAAGCCGCCGCUGACGGCAGUGAUGAAGACGAUGGGGAUCUCACCACGACUCUUCUCCUGUGCAGGUUUGAAGGCUGGGCCUGUCACCCGUUUGUGCCAUGUUUGUGGACGCCAGUACGGUUUGUCUUCGUUCGAGAUACAUCUAAAGCAGUGCAAGAAACUCUGGGUCCAGACGGAAGAGCUCAAACCGAAGAAUGAGCGCCGUCCGAUCCCGAAGACCCCGCCUGGAAUCGGUGAAGGCGGUGGUGGGAUGACUCGUCAAGAGAUCGAGGCUCUCAACCAAGCCGCUCAAGAAGCUUACAACGUCCAUGGCAUGGAGACGUGCGAGUUUUGUGGGAGGACGUUUGCUGAAGGCCGACUUGCGAUCCACAACAAGAGCUGCACAGCUGACAGCGUCGCCAAGAAGGUCGCCGACGGAGCUGCACCUCGAAACAAGAAAGGUGAGUGCCGCAUAACUCCGUGGAAUACUUGA